CGGUUCGGGCGGCGGGGGCGGGGCGGGGCGGGGCCGGGGUGGUGCCAGGCUGCAGCGGGCCGGGCAAGAUGGCUGCCGCGGAGGCCGAGACGGGGCUGCUGACCCUGGAGUCGCUGCCCACCGACCCCCUGCUGCUCAUCUUAUCCUUCGUGGACUACAGGGACCUAAUCAAUUGUUGCUAUGUCAGUCGAAGAUUGAGCCAGCUAUCAACUCAUGAUCCACUGUGGAGAAGACAUUGCAAAAAGUACUGGCUGAUAUCCGAGGAAGAGAAAGCACGGAAGAAUCAAUGCUGGAAAUCCCUCUUCAUAGAUACGUACACAGAUGUAGGAAGAUACAUUGACCAUUACGCUGCUAUUAAAAAGGCUUGGGAUGACCUCAAGAAGUACCUGGAGCCCAGGUGUCCUCGGAUGGUUCUGUCGCUGAAAGAGGGUGCACGUGAGGAGGACCUGGACGCUGUGGAAGCUCAGAUCGGUUGCAAACUCCCUGAUGAUUAUCGCUGUUCAUACCGGAUCCACAAUGGGCAAAAGUUAGUGGUUCCAGGGUUGCUGGGAAGCAUGGCACUGUCAAAUCACUAUCGCUCUGAAGAUUUAUUAGAUGUUGAUACUGCUGCCGGAGGAUUUCAGCAGAGACAGGGGCUGAAAUACUGUCUCCCUUUAACUUUCUGCAUCCAUACUGGCUUGAGUCAGUACAUAGCUGUGGAGGCUGCAGAGGGCCGAAAUAAAAACGAAGUCUUCUACCAGUGCCCAGAUCAAAUGGCUCGGAAUCCUGCUGCUAUUGACAUGUUUAUUAUCGGUGCUACUUUCACUGACUGGUUUACAUCCUAUGUCAACAACGUUGUAUCAGGUGGUUUCCCCAUCAUCAGAGACCAGAUUUUCAGAUAUAUCCAUGACCCAGAGUGUGUAGCAACAACUGGAGAUAUUACAGUUUCCGUGUCCACGUCUUUUCUGCCAGAGCUCAGCUCUGUACACCCACCACACUAUUUCUUCACAUACCGGAUCAGGAUUGAAAUGUCAAGGGAUGCACUUCCUGAGAAAGCCUGCCAGCUGGACAGCCGCUACUGGAGGAUAACGAAUGCCAAAGGGGAUGUGGAAGAAGUUCAAGGACCUGGGGUAGUUGGUGAAUUUCCGAUCAUUAGCCCGGGCCGGAUAUAUGAGUACACAAGCUGCACCACAUUCUCUACAACGUCAGGCUACAUGGAAGGGUAUUACACCUUCCAUUUUCUGUACUUUAAGGACAAGGUCUUUAACGUUGCCAUCCCCCGAUUCCACAUGGCAUGUCCAACAUUCAGGGUGUCCAUAGCCCGGUUGCCUCCCAAGUGCUAGAUGUGUGCCACCAUGCCUGCAACAGACCAGACUUCCAUUUUUGGCCUACACCAGACCAGACAUCCAUUCUUGGUUAGCCCAGAGUCUAUAUGAGCUUGGUACCAUCUUAUCCUUAAAUGGUUGAUAUUCAUCAGUGAAGCUAUCUGGAACUGGAGUUUGCUUUGUGGGGAAAUUUUAAAAUAUGGACUUAAUUUCUUUAAUAUGUAUAUUUUCUAUUUCUUCUUGUUUCAGUUUUGGUAAUUUGUGCCUUUCAAGGAAUUUGUUCAUUUCAUCUAAAUGUUGAAUUUAUUAGCAUAUAGUUAUUAACAAUGUUCCCUUGAUAUUCUUGUAAUGGCUAGAAGAGCGCUAGUCAAAUAACCCUCUUUUAUUCUUAAUAUUGGUGAUUUAUAUCUUUUUUUUAAUCACGCCAUUUUUAUUGAUCAGUCAAAAGGAACAACAUUUAGUUUUGCUGGAUUUUCUGUACUGUUUGCUUUUUUCUAUUUCAGCGAGUAGUGCAGUUGUCUUUAUUUCUGUCUACUUACCGUGGAUUUAAUUGACUUUUGUUGUAGCUUUUAAAGGCAGAAGUUUAGAUUACUGAUUGUAGACAUUUCCUGUUUCUAAGCACUGUUUUAGCUGUAUUGUACAAAUUUUGAUUUGUUAUAUUUUGGUUAAUAUUUAGUUCAAAAUACUCUCAGAUUUGCCUCAUAAUUUUGACUUAUGACUACAUAUAAAUGUUAAUUUUCAAGGAUUUGGAAAUUUUUCAAUUAUCUUUUUGCUUAUUGAUUUCUAAUAUUGUGGUUAUAGAACUUACUGUGUAUUGCUAAUGUUUUUUUAAUGUUUUAUGGCCCCAUAUUAUGUGAAGAAUUUCUAUAUCUUGGUAAAUGAUCUUUGUGUAUUUGAAAAAAAUGUAUAUUCUGCCAUGUGAGAAUUUGUUAUAUAAAUGACAGGCCAAGCUGGUUGAUUAUUUCACAGUGUUUGUCAAGUAUAUCUGUAUAUUUAUUGCUCUUUUUAUUUUUAGUACUCAGCAAUUGAAGAGCUUAUUGUUGAAAUCUUUAGUUGAUGUAUGGCUUUGUCUGUUUUUUGCUUCAUUUUUGUCAGAUCUGCCUCAUGCAUUUUGAAGAUGUAUAAUUGUGGGCCUGCUUAGGAUUGUUGUCUGUUUAUGGAAGUAGCUCUUUCUUAUUAUUCAUCUCUACUAACAUUCCUUGUCCUAAAGUUAAGAGCGCUGACGUCUGUCUGGGCAGGCAGUUGAGUUGGUCAGCUGGAUCCUCUUGUUGCUUGUUCUUACUAUCUGUUUCAGGGGAUGUAAAGUAUGGGUUUACUUAAGGACCGCGGGUCCCAUCACCUCCUCAGAUGUAUAAAAAUUAUUGACGACUCCUAAGAACUUGUUUACAUGGUCAUGUCAGUAUUUACCAUGUUAGAAAUUAAAGCAGGACAGUUAUAGUAUCAGCUCCUUUUAAAAUUACAACAAAUAAACCCUCCACAUGUUCAACCCUCUUAACUGUCUUUAUUUAUUUAGAAUUUUAGUUUUUGCUUAAAUACAAGAAAAAGUACUUGACCUGCUUUACAGAAAGUUUUUCUCAAAUAUGGAGAGUCAGUAGGGAAAAAAAAUGAGAAUUGUGACUUUUUUGAAUCAACAUAAAAAAUACAACAGUGGGGUUGUAUUUGUUAACCUAUCUUAUUUCUAUUCUCUUCUUUGAUAUGGGAAUUGAAUUGUGUUUUGCUUUUUUUUUUUUUUUGUCCUCCACCCUUCUGAUUACUUACUAGGCUUUAUCAUUUCUUUUCCUUUACACUUGCCACUGUAAAUACACUUUGCUUAGUUUGAUGAUGUCCCUGCGUCGGGUACCUAAUCUGCUUGACUGAGGGCACUAUGGACAGUCCUUCCUUAGUCCGUUCUCCUCUGUUGUCUGCUGUUUAUAAAGCGCACUUCCGUCUGAAUGUUUCUCUUUCUAACCACAUUUGAUUUCGUUAACAGUUCUUGUUUUCUUCAUUAAUAUAAUAAUCAGUCUACCUGAUGAUCAUGUUUCAGGAUUUCCAAAGCCUUCCCCAGCCCUCCUUUUAUACCUUCUACAGAAUUUUGAAGUCUUCAUUCCUUAGAGUGAAAAAAUAAUCUAAAGUUAAAAAAUAAUAACAUAUAAGUCACAUUUGUAUAAUGUUGUGUUAUAAUAAAUCCUAAAUGACAUAAUUCUUUUCUCCUACAUUUUCAUUUGCUUGUUUAACAAGUGUCUGAGUGCAUUAGUAAGCAAUGUAAUCUAAACCCCCGCCUUGGAUUUUAUAUUCCAAUUGGAAGAAACUAACAUGCUCUUGUGUCAAGUAACAAAUAUGCUGGAGAAAAAUCAGGGGGUAAAAGGAGUGCCCUGUUGGGUUCUGUUAUAAAGAAGUGUCAGGAAUGGCCUUGGUGAUAUGUAAGUAAAGAUAUAAAAGGAAUGAAGGGAGCCAAGUGGAUUUGUGGCGAAAGAAGUACUCGGUGUGAGGGUUCUUGGGCAGCUGUGGGCUUAGCGUGUUUGACCCAGGGAGGCUUGAGUGCAGAGAACAAGGAAGAGAGCAAUUACAAGUGAGAUCAGAGUAGCCAGUCUAGACUAUGAGAGAGUCUGUCUUAAAAAAAAAGAAAGAAAGAAAGAGGGGCCAGAGCAGUGUUAAUGAUUUUAGUGCUGUAAAAGCCAUAGUGGAAGGAUUUUUGUUGACAUCAUGUGCUAAAUUUCUCAGUACUCAGAUUACCAGCUGAGCCCUGGCUUUUCAAAUUCUGACCAAUAUAACAGCUCUUCAUGGAGUCUUCAGAUUUGUGUUAAGAGAAGCUUGGCAGCCAAGUUAAAGCCACAGCCUGAUGAGGGCUGCCUGCUUAAGCCGAACGGCAUUCUAACAGGUGUUCCAGCACUGCGUGUUCAUCGUCACUCCUGUCCUAGAGCCUCCACGGGAAUCGGCAAAGUGACGCUGUGGCUGUGGCUGCGGCUGCGGCUGAGCUAGAAAGGGCAGUAUGCCAUUAGCUUGGUGCUCUUCCUCCUGGAACAUGUGCCUUUGGUGUCCUGAGACCUAGUAUGAGAAGUCCAGUCCCCAGGAAGCCGACAUGCUGGAGAAGGCAUGUAGAGAUCCACCUUCAAAGUGGAAGGAAGUUCCCACUUCAGGCUCCAGAUAUUUGGAUCAUCCCAGUCCCAGUGCCUGACGUGUGUGAAGAAGCCCUGGAGGGGAAGCUUGGUUUUAGUCACCAUUCAACUGUAGCAUCGUGAGAGACUUGAAGCCAGGAGUACUCCACUGAGUGCUUCCCAGAUACCCAACCACAGGAACUAGGAGAAGAGAAUUAAGUGACUGCUGUUGUUAUAAGCAACUGAAAAAUAAAAAAUAUUUUUUUCAAAAA